ACAUAAUCCCUGAGUUGACCCAGAAAAUAGGCAGUCGUUUCAAGAUCUGAUGCGGCAGUCUUUGUGCACACCGUCCCCGCUUGAGCAUGAAGCGUAACCCAGUGGAAUACAAACUGUAAUUCAGAGGAGAUUUGCCUUUUGCAGAGAGGGGGGAAACUGGUAAAAAAAAAAAGACGGAGCCGAAGCAAAGUCGCGCAACUUUGUAGAAACGUAGCGGAUACGGGUAAGUGAUUUUUAUCGGGAUUAUUUGGAGGAGAAAUUGGGGUUUUGGUCUGUGGUGGUCGGAGGGACUGCUGCUGCUGCUGCUGCUGCUCCAUUGUUUGCAUUCCCUUGUUCCAAAAACCCCGAGAUUAGACAAAUGAAACAAUUUAAGACACACUUAAGGGAAUGAUUAAAUACAAGCACUUGAACAAAUGAACUCAGAGAAAGGGGAGAAAAUCGAAGCCUUUGUUGAAUUUGCUGCCUUGUAGGAAAUGUGGUGAUUCAGCUGUUGGGGAGAUGUUGCAUGAUGUCAGUGUUCUUUGUUGCAACCUUACGUGCGUGAAAUGUUACAGAUUAUUCUGCCUUGGCUGACAUGCAACAUUUACAGCAUUUAAGGGAUGCUUUCCGCAAGGCACGGAUUUUUUUCUCUCUUCUUUUGUCGAUCGCUUCGUUGCAUGAAUUAUCCAGGCUGAAAAUGCACGGGGACGAUCCAUGUUAACCUGGGCUUCCAACCUGGGCGUUCAUUCAUUGGCACAAAGAGGGGAGGUUUUUGGGAAGACUAAACACACGAGGACGGGUUUCUGUGGUAGUCAGUCAGGGGACAACCUUGCAGAUAUUUUUUUCCGGAAGCGUUUUCGGUCGUUUCACUUGAGGUGCAACAGUGACAUUACAUGGAGGGCUGCCUUUGUUUCUCUUCGAAUAAAUAUAGUGACCAUAAUAGGAAUUUACCUACAGUUUUUUAGUAUUACAUUAUAUAAUAAUACAUAUGGCAACACUAACUGGUUUGAUCUUGUACUGGACAGCCAAAACGGCCCAGCCUUGUUAGCCCUGCUGCACCUUCCAAUGUAUGUUUAUCCUGCUUCCAAGCAUCUUGUCACCCUUGCAUUGUCCUAACAGUGUCUCCUCUCUGCUCACAGACAGGAGGCAUGGCAGACCAUCUGAUGAUGCCCAUGAAUCACAGCUCAGCGGGUGCCAGUCUCCACGGUUACAGGAUGGGCAUGAAUGGCGGCCUGCAGGCAGGUCACCAGCAGCAUGCCAACCAGCAGGGCAUGCGGACGAUGCCCAACGGACAGAUGAUGCACUACGGCGGCGCCCAAGCCAACAUGGAGAACGCCAUGAGACAGCGACAGGGCAUGGUGGGUGGACCUAUGAACGGACAGCUGAACGGGGCCCAGAUGGGCCACCACCAGAUGACCUCUGGUAACAUGAUGUACAAUGGCCAACCACAGCAGCAGCAGCAGCAUCACCCACAGCAGCAGCAUCAUAUGCACCCACAACAGCACCAGCAGCAAGCCCAGCACCCACAGCAGCAACAACAGUUCAUGAAUGGAGGCUUAACUUCCCAGCAGCUCAUGGCCAGCAUGCAGCUGCAAAAACUCAACACACAGUAUCAUGGACACCCUCUGGGGCCUAUGGGUGGGAACCACAUGGGGCCCACCGCCCAGUACCGCAUGAACCCAGCACAGCUGGCUAACAUGCAGCACAUGGCUGGACCAACUCUGUCUUUGAAUGGCAUGGAUGCAGAUAUGAUUGACGAGGAUGUUCUGACCUCGCUGGUCAUGGAGCUGGGAUUGGACCGGGUCCAAGAACUGCCAGAACUCUUCCUGGGUCAGAAUGAGUUUGACUUCAUCUCAGACUUUGUCAGCAAACAGCAGCCGAGCACCGUGAGCUGCUGAGAGGAACUUUUCUGCAGAGGAGCACAGUUGGAAGCAGAGGAAUGAGAAGAGUCCAGGAUGGAGGAGAAGCGCUCAUCUGUUCACUUUUCUUCAGCAGGCACCUCCAUGUUUAACUGAAGUGGUGGUGCAGGGUGCACGGAAAGAACUCUGGAUAUCCACAGGGAACACACAGCGUCUCACAUGUGGCCAGAGGAAGGCUGGCUUUACAGGGCCUAGCUCCACCUCGCUCAUUGCCUGGACAUGAAUGUAAUAAUGAAAUGCUGAAAUUCUUAAAAAAGCCACUCUGAUCAAUGCUACGACUCUGUGUAGCUUCAAAGAAUGGACUCCAUGACAGUUUACCAGUAAAAAAGGUGUAUUUAUUUAUUCCUACCUGAAAAAUUGAUAUAAAGACCAACUUCACUCUCUGAUUGAGAACCGGGUGGUUUUAAUGAGAAGAAUCAGGGAGAAAAUUCAGUGUAAUUUCUCAUCCCAUGAAUUAUUGUUGCUCCCAUUCUACCUGGUCUGGCAGUAAGAAUAAGCUCAGAAGCAAGGUUAUUUGCAAAGAGCCGAAGUCAGCCACGACAGAAGUACAAUGUCAUCUCCUCUGAAUGGGAGGCUCACCCCGAUCUGAAAAAAAAAAUGGUUCACUUUUUUUGUAAAGUGCUGCCUUUUUAGAUGUGAUAUUCUCAAAAACCUACUGCUUGUACUGUAUGAAGCUGUAAACUCCAACAUGUCCACACUGUUGUGUUCUAUUGGAGAUGUAGAACCGCCUUAAUCGCGCAGAUUCUUAUUUAUUGGUUGUUUAUAUUGUCCCCUCUUUUUUUUGUGGUCAAGAUGGGGGGAUGGUCUUUGUGAAAGGGGUUGUUGAGGAUCAAUAAAGAUGGCCUGGAUAGAAAUGUGGCCUGCUUUUCCAUUCAUUGCACAGUUCUUCGCCCG